AUGAUCGAGUUCAGCCGGGCCACCGCCCCGAAGAAGAUCCUCGACGUGGGCUGCGGGAUCGGGGGGACCUCCAGGAUCCUGGCCAAGAAGUUCCCCGAUGCACAGGUCACGGGGAUAACUCUGUCGCCCGAGCAGGUCCAGCGCGCCACUCAGCUGGCGAAGGACGCGGGCAUUAGCAACGCGGAGUUCAAGGUGGUGAAUGCACUGGCGAUGGACUUCCCCGACAACACGUUCGACCUGGUUUGGGGCUGCGAGUCGGGCGAGCACAUGCCAGACAAGAAAAAGUACAUCGAGGAGAUGGCGCGGGUGCUGGCUCCUGGGGGCAGGAUGGCCGUUGCGACGUGGUGCGAGCGAGAUCCGACGCCGCCAUUCUCGCGGCAGGAGCGCCUGGAUCUCGACUUCGUGUACGCGGAGUGGAGCCACCCCUACUUCAUCUCCCUGGGCAGGUACAAGGAGCACAUGCUCGGUACGGACGUGCUGGUGGAUGUGGAGACUCAGGACUGGACGGAGCAGACACUGCCCUCCUGGAGACACUCCAUCUGGGUAGGAGUCUGGUCACCUUGGUACUGGCUGAAGCAAUGUUUGCAGAGGCCAGCGGCAUUUCCCGGAUUUUUGAGGGAGGUGUACACCCUUGAGAAGUACCACCAGGGCAUGAAAUCUGGACUUCUUGUUUACGGCAUGAUGAGGGCAACGAAGAAAUAG